UCCACCUCUAGAAGCAGUGAAGAAAAUUAUAGCGUGGUUUUUUCGGUCGAAAAACAAUUAAAAGUGCAACAGCCAGUGGAAAAAACAAAGUGCAACUAACCCUGCCGUGCAUGCUUAGCCAAGAACCAGCCCGAUCCAAGUCCGAGAUUCGCGAGCCGAGCGAAGAAGUGAGAUUUCUUGUUUCCCAAAGCCUGAAAGUGUCACCGCCAAGACGUACGUGCGAAAAAUGUUUUGGGACAAGGGUUAUGCGCCCUCCGCGAAUAUAGAGGCGCUGCUGGAGAAGGAGAACUCCACACUGGAGGAAUUCCUGGAUGAGGAGGACAUACUACAGGAGUGCAAGACGCAAAAGAAGAACCUGGUAAACUACUUUACACGUCCCGAGGUCAUCCGGCGUCUGGUGGAGCUGAUCACAACCGAGCCGAAUGAAGAUGUACCCAUGGCGCAGCGUUUCCGCUAUGCGAACAUGUCCUGUGAGAUACUCACACUCGGCCUGCCGUCCCUGGAUGAAAAGCUUCUGACCGACCCGGAGACCCUUCAGCUUCUGUAUUCAUAUCUGGAAAAGGAACCACCGUUAAAUCCAUUGCUAUCGUCGUUUUUUAGCAAAACGUUUAGCAUGCUCUUUACCAAAAAGCCUGAACAAGAUUGGUUUUUGUAUCAACACAUGUGCCUACAACUCCUGGAGUAUAUUAAAUCGCAGAAGACCUUUUUGGAUUUCAUUUGUAAACACUUUGACACACCUGUCAUACCUGAUUUAAUAAUGCAAAUGAUGAAGGACAUCGAGGGUGGUCAACUCAAAAGGAACCUUUUCGAAUGGCUAACUGAAGAUAAAAUUGUUGAGAGACUGAUUGCAAUAUUGCGUAAUCCUCAAGAAACCGAAAAACAUGCAAAUGUUGCCGACUUUUUCUGUGAUCUUAUUAACCAAGGGCGCCUGAUGCGUCAGACCGAGCAGGAGAACGAUUCGUUUGAGCCGGCCUUCGAUGGCUCCAAUCCCAUUCUAAAGACAAUUGAAUCCGCAGACACAAUUGAAGCCUUGUUAAAUGUGAUUUUGGAACCAAACGCUCAGGAGAGCGCCAUCUUAUCAGGAAUAUCGGUUGUACUUACGCUUAUUAAGCCAAUUACCUUUACAGAUGAGCCCAACUCGGAUCGCCAGCGUUUGCUUCAGAAACGUGAGCGGGAGUUCCACCAGGAAGUACAGGAGACUGUGAUCACUGUGAUGGCGCCACGCCUCCAGGAAUUUGUUCAUGUGCUCAAGAACCCGCCCGCGAAACCAACACUCGAAACGACGGCAGCCGUGUUGACGCCCCCAUUUGGCAAGACUCGCUUGCAAGUGUGCCGCGUGUUCACCGCCCUGCUGGAAACUAAGCACGAGACCAUUCAUCAGGCUAUUUGUGCAACGGAGUACUUUAGUCUGUUGUUGGAGUACUUUAAACAAUACUGCUGGAACAACUUCUUGCACAGCGAACUGGAAAAGGCCCUGCACUUGGUGUUCUACAACGAGCUCUCCAAUAACAACACGGGUUCCACGGAGGUCACAGACUUUUUUACCGCCGACUGCCUCAUAAACGCUUUCCUGAAAGUUGACACUGAAGAUGUCGAGGUCAAGAAUGCCCUAAACGACAUGAAGCGAGAGUUGGAUUCGGCUGCCAAAGCUCUGGCUGGUGACAAAGAAGAACCGCAAGAAAAGACAACUGACGUCGAGAUAGCUGCAGAAGCUCAAGCUGAAGAAACGCCCACUGAAACUGUUGCAACCGAUUCUGUUGAGAACCACGAAGAGAAUACCGAAGUUGAUGGUCAAAUCGCGGCGGAGCAGCAGGAAGAGGAGCUCACUCUUAACGAUCUCGACAAGACUAAGGCGGCGCCCAGUGCCCCUCCCUCGGAAUUGCAAACUCAUUUGAUUGUCAACUGCCAUUUGGUGUCCAAGCUGGUUGACUACUGGCAGCACAAUGCCCAGGCGCAGGCCGCCGAAAAGGGUCGUCGCUUGGGCUACAUGGGACACCUUAUUAAAAUUUUACGCCACAUCACGAAUUGUAUAUCGGAAUCCGAACAUAUCGCCGCCUUGAUCUCCUCCAGCCUAAGCGACGAGGCCGAGCAGGCACUCUGGCAGUCCCUAAUCGAUGCGGAAACGGGAGAGUUCACCUUGGCAGCUAAGCAGCAGACAAAACUGUUGGCCAAUUGCAAUCCUCACGAGGAGAAUGAGUACAGUGUGGGUUCAAAAGAUUACGAGAUAGGCGAGACGAACGCUUGGGACAUUGGAGCUCUGACAUACAGUAACAUGGGCUACAGCGAUCUGGAUAACACGCUACAGGACAUAGUGUUUACGAUGGACAACGACCAGAACCUGUUUCAGUUUGGACGCAACAUUGACGAUGAAGACGAUGAUGAUGAUGAACAUGGCGACCAUUCGGGAGCAGGCGACGGCCAUGGGCCCGGACACGGAAUGUUUACGAAAAACUCCAUCACCCUGAGCAACCUGGCAGAUCCCUGGGACAUGGAUGUCCAGUUCUCCGACAUUCCUGGUGUGGCAGCCCAGGUCCCCACUGGCACUGCCAACUGGGGGGCCGACUUCAAUGCUGAUAACUUUGCUGACUUCGAUGCGCACUUUAGCACGUUCGGUAGUGAUCUGGGCAUGCCCACAACCGCACCUCCUGAGGACGUGUCUUCGGAAGAUAAGCCUGCCACCCCUGAAGUGAAUAAGGAUACCCAGGAACGUCCACCCGCUGAGAAUUCCGAUGCGUCAAUCCAGAAUAACAGCCACGAUCAGCAGGCGGAAUAUGACAACAAUGCCAACGUGGAAAAGGCCAUCAGCGAAAAGCUGUCCGAAGCCGGCGUUGCGGAGGCCACUUCUAUCGUAACACGGUUACAAUCUGUGCUGCUGGACGGCGAGGACGAUUACGAGGACGAUGAGGGCAUGUGGACUAAGCCCCUAGGAGCAGAUCGUGCAACGGAGGCAGAACAAACUACUCCGGUAUUAAAUGGGCCAACCAGUAAAGUGAAUGAGUUCAAUCAUGCCAACGACAACAGCAGCAGCGACGUCGAUGGCCACGAGGCCGGAAACAUUACAGCGGAGCAACAGAAAUUGGCCGCCAGCGCCACCAAGACGAACAAUGUAGAGAUUGCCACUACAACCACAUAAAUUGCAUCCACAACUCCCGCACGUCAUCCAACUGCAAUUGUAUAGCAUAAAGUGUGUCGACGACAAUUUGUAAAAAUGCCUUUGAUUUGCUCUUUGGUCAUUCUUAUACAUAAUCAUGCAUACAUAUUUAUAUGAAUAUAUACCACAUACUACUACUUAUACGUACAUAUAUAACAGGCUGCAUAGUACAACAAACGAUUUGUGUAUUAGCAACAGGCCGACGCCCGCCCAAAACCAAAAUGAAGAAACAAAAAAAACUAAACAAAAAAACUCGAAAAAAAAAACAAAAAACAAAAAUGGUAAAAAAAUGUUCAAAGUAUGUUGUUGAUUCCUUCUGCUCCUCGCUCGUAUUGCCAAUUAUUUUAAUUAUUAUUCCUCCUUCAGAUUUCCUAAUUAAGAAGCCUGUAUUUCGUUUGUAAUUGUAUUAGUCUGUCGUUUAAAAACGCUUUUACUUUCAAUACUCUCAAUGUGUUAGGCAACGAAUGAGCAUUACUUAAAGUACCAAAAUUUACGCAACGUCUAAGUAUGCCUAGUUUAUAUUUUUAUUGUAUUUGUUUUAGCUCGA